ACAGAGACUCAGCAGCAGACUAAUCACAUGACAGCGGUUAGCUUUCUGAGGAAGUCAAGUCAUUCAUAUGUGCCUAAGGGGAGUUCCCAAAUGACUCCCGCAAACUAAAUAAGCCUUGACAGUAGUUUUCUGUUAUUUUGCCAAUUAUAUGCAACUCCAGUGAUAUUUUCAUUGUACAAACCACACACUGAUCACGAGUUGCAAGCAGUGAAAACAGGAUCCGGACUCCUCAAAGGAGAGGAGUCGACUCGACUCAAGGUUUGUUGUCAGAGCAUUAAUGUUUUAGUAGGAAAAGAUGUUAUCAUUCGAGGAAGCUAAAGCGAGGUUAGAAACUGCAGGACAGGCCCAUGUUUUACAAUUUUGGGCUGAACUUUCUGCGGAAGAAAGCAAUACGCUUCUGGAGGAGAUAUCUAAACUCCAGCCCGACGAGUUACUCGAGCACUGCCGAGCAGCUGCUGAGGCUGCAAGCCGACACUCGAGUGCUGACGGUCGGCUAGACGCGCGGAUGAAGCCCGUUCCUCCAGAGUUCAUCGGAAGUGUGCGUAAAAGUGACAAAGAAACGCUUCAGAUAUGGGGUGAUGAAGGGUUACUGCAGAUUUCACAGGACAGAGUGGCUGUUUUGCUGUUAGCCGGUGGUCAGGGGACUCGGCUUGGAGUGCCAUAUCCCAAGGGCAUGUACAAUGUUGGGCUUCCAAGUGGGAAAACCCUGUACCAGAUCCAAGCUGAGCGUAUCCAGAAGUUGCAAAAGCUGGCCAAUGUGAAGCAUGGUAGUAGGUGCACAAUACCAUGGUACAUAAUGACUAGUGAGUUCACUCUGGGACCCACAGAGAAGUUCUUCAAAGACAAUGAAUAUUUUGGUCUUUGUCCAUCCAACGUAGUCAUGUUUGAGCAGAGAAUGAUACCAGCUGUAGGCUUUGAUGGAAAGAUCAUCCUGGAGAAGAAGAACAAAAUAGCCAUGGCACCAGAUGGAAAUGGCGGCCUCUAUCGUGCUUUAGUGGACAACAAGAUUUUAGAGGACAUGGAGAGAAGGGGUGUGGAGUAUCUUCACGUGUACUGUGUGGACAACAUCUUGGUGAAGAUAGCAGACCCAGUCUUUAUUGGCUUUUGUGUAAUCAAAGGAGCAGACUGUGGUGCCAAGGUGGUGGAUAAGGCGUAUCCUGCAGAGCCUGUUGGAGUGGUGUGUCGUGUGGACGGCCUGUAUCAGGUGAUUGAGUACAGUGAGAUCCAACCAGAGACUGCAGAGCUACGAGGCCCAGGAGGAGAGCUCCUGUUCAGUGCUGGGAACAUCUGCAACCACUUCUUUACCCAAGACUUCUUAAAGGACGUGGCUGAAAAGUUUGAGAGUCAGCUGAAGCAGCAUGUGGCAAUCAAGAAAGUGCCAUUUGUGGAUGGAGAAGGGAACCUGGUGAAAUCAACCAAGCCCAAUGGCAUCAAAAUGGAGAAAUUUGUCUUUGACGUCUUUCAGUUCUCAAAGAAAUUUGUCGCCUUUGAGGUGUUGAGAGAGGAGGAAUUCUCACCCCUAAAAAAUGCUGAUGGGGCGCCUUUGGAUACACCGACUACAGCACGCCGUUCCUUGUUAGCACAACAUUACCGCUGGGCUCUGGCAGCUGGUGGAAACUUCCUGGAUGAGCAGGAUAAACCCAUCCCCCCAAAACAUAGUAUGACACAGAAUGAAGACCCCCCUGCAAUCUGUGAAAUCUCUCCACUUGUAUCAUACUUUGGCGAGGGUCUGGAAAAGCUGCUGAAGCAGAAGAACUUGAAGUCCCCUUUUCUACUUGAUGAGAAUGAAGCAGAGAAUCUUGUUAAAACUACAUAGUGUUUCCAACUGAGGAUUCCAUCAUGUCCAGGGCCAGGCAAAUAUUAAAGGAAUUGAAAGGGAUGUUUACAAAAAUUUCCAAAAUAAAGAAAGAAAGAAAAAUUGGGGGUCUGUAAGAUUUUUACUCACCAAGGCUGCAUUUAUCAAA